AUGCUGGUUGAAAGUGACAAUGGUGGAAUUGGGAAGGGCGUGAACAUGCAAUCGCGGGGACUGUUGGAUACCCAAGGGCCUCCUAGUGGAUACCUACGAGGACUCAGAGGGGGUAGAAUACUGCAAGUUACUGACACCAAUCCCUACCCUUGGCUGAGACACCAACAGCUGAUCACAUCCAGUCGAGAUAGAGGAGGCCAUCCUGCAACUGAAACUGCGUUGCGUCCCACGACGACAGCGCCAAACAAAAUGUUUCCUUGGUGGUCCGACUACGUCGUUGAGGUUUGA